CCUAGAAUGCCACCAGCUUGAGGAAGACAAGCAAAUUUCAAGUUGGCUGCGGCGUGUUUUCCGCGUGGGGGAGGGGCAGCAGGUUUUUCCCAUUGGAUGUCUGAAUCCCCAGGGCCUCUCCAUCAUGGCCAGCCGGGGUGGGGGCCGGGGUCGUGGCCGGGGCCAGUUGACCUUCAACAUGGAGGCUGUGGGCAUUGGGAAAGGGGAUGCUUUGCCCCCACCCACCCUGCAGCCUUCUCCACUCUUCCCUCCCUUGGAGUUCCGCCCAGUGCCUCUGCCCUCAGGAGAGGAAGGGGAAUAUGUCCUGGCACUGAAGCAGGAGCUUCGAGGGGCCAUGAGGCAGCUCCCCUACUUCAUCCGGCCUGCCGUCCCUAAGAGAGAUGUGGAGCGUUACUCAGACAAAUAUCAGAUGUCAGGGCCGAUUGACAACGCCAUUGAUUGGAACCCUGAUUGGCGACGUCUACCCCGGGAGCUAAAAAUCCGAGUCCGGAAGCUACAGAAGGAACGGACCACCAUUCUACUCCCCAAGAGGCCCCCUAAGACCACAGAAGAUAAGGAGGAAACAAUACAGAAACUAGAGACCCUGGAGAAGAAGGAAGAAGAAGUGACUUCAGAGGAAGAUGAGGAGAAAGAAGAGGAAGAAGAGAAGGAAGAGGAAGAAGAAGAGGAGUAUGAUGAAGAAGAACAUGAAGAGGUGAAGGGGACCUCCUUUCACUCUCGGGUCCCCUCUCUUCUGCUCGAGACUGAUUACAUCAUGUCCUAUUUUGACAAUGGAGAGGACUUCGGGGGUGACAGUGAUGACGAUAUGGAUGAGGCUAUAUACUGAAGAAGGACUCUGAACAGUACCCUGGACCUUUGACUUAAUUUACCAUUUUGUAUUCUGGGGAGAAGGGAGUUUCCCCCUGCAACUCUAAUGGGAGCCAGUGGAAAGACGGAUUCAACUCUAAUUGCAGGACCUGAGAGGGAAGAAAAUCAAGAGGAGCAGAGAGAAUGGUGUUACUUUUUUUUUUAUUUAUUUUUAUUUAUUAUUUUGGGAGGGGUACACCAAGUUCAAUCAUCUGUUUUUAUACACAUAUCCCCGUAUUCCCUCCCUCCCUCGAUUCCCCCCCCCCCCGGUGUUACUUAUGAUAGGUCAGAGAGGAAGAACAAUUUUGGGGACGUGCCUGGGAGUGAGCUAAUCAAGGUGGCGGUGGUGAAUAUGCCUCCUCUUUUAUUUUAGAUAACGAGACUUAUUUGUCAUUGUUCUAACACUUGACAUAUAUUUUUUAAAUCCUCAGAGUAAUCUUGGGAGGUAGGCGCUAUUAUUAUUUCCCAUUUUAUAGAUAAACUGUAGCACAGAGAGGUUAAACAAGUUGCAAGGUCAUACAGCUUGUUAAGUGGUGGAAGUAGGAUUUGAAUUUAGAUAGUUUGGCUGCAGGGUACAUGGGCUUAAUUACCACACUAUACUGUUUCUCCUUGAUAGUAAAGGAAGGCUGGUCCCUGAACUUUUUCUAGGCUAUAGACUCACCUAUUGGGCCAGGACCUGCAACCCUGGAUCUGUAGCCGUUUCUUUCUUUUUUUUUUUUUAAUAAGUUUAUUUAUUUGUUUAUUUAUUGACUAUGUUGGGUCUUCAUUGCUGCACACGGGCUUUCUCUAGUUGUGGCGAGCGGGGGCUACUCUUCGUUGUGGUGCGCAGGCUCCUCAUUGCCAUGGCUUCUCUUGUUGCGGAGUAUGGGUUCUAGGCACGUGGGCUUCAGUAGUUGUGGCACACGGGCUCAAUAGUUGUGGUGCACUGGCUUAGUUGCUCCAGGGAAUGUGGGAUCUUCCUGGAGCAGGGAUUGAACCAGUGUCCCCUGCAUUGGCAGGCAGAUUCUUAACCAGUGUGUCACCUAGGAAGUCCCUGCAGCCAUUUCUGAAAGGGAGAUUUUCAGCUUAGGAAAUGGAAGUGGAUGUAGGGUCAGAACAGAGAAUGGGACAAAAGUUUCUUUUUUUGCACUCCAGAACAAUUGAGGUCGGGAUGCUUGGGAUAGGAUCUGGGCCAUUGGAGGGUAAUAAAACAUUUUCCUUAUCCAUCUUAUGCAUUCUAUCACCUAGAGAUAGUCCAAGGAAAGAAUACUAGAAAGGGGUCUGUAUACUAUUGAAAGAACUGGACAAAAGUCACUCCUUGAUUCCACUUCAUAACCUUCAGCUCUUAUGUGAUUGUUUUUUGUUGACCAGGUGCUUGGUCAGAUCUUCUCUCCAUACUUUUCCCUCCCAAUGCCUCAACCCAAGUUAUAUCCUUGUUUUUCUAGCCUGUUCAGAGUUAUCAAAGUAGCCAAGGAUCCUGGUUGUGGAAGUUUCUGUUCUUUCCUUGUUAAUUUUACUUUCUCUAGCUCUUUUCUCUCUUUAGAUAGUUUUCUUUCUGUCUUGUAGAUCUUCUUAUAUCAGAUUGGACCUGAUGAAUAAAUGAUACUAAGAACUGGAUCUUCUCUAAUGGUUGUACAUGUAGGUUAUAGCUUUUUAAAAAUUAAAAGGCAUAUGAGAAGAGCAUGGGGAAGGAAGACCCAAAAUAUCCACCCACUUAAGUGAGGAAAGAGCUGGGCCAGGACCCAAGAAAGAGUACUUAAGUGAGCCUAUGUGCAGAUGUCCUGGGGUGAGGUAGAAGUUGUGUAUUAAAGGCAAAAGGAAGUCCAGUGGAGACUUUUGUGCUCUCAGGGAGGCAUGUGUUGCUUCUGGGCGAACAGCUAUAGCUGCUUCCUUCCUUCCUCAAAUUUUGCUGUGCUGUUCAAUAUGAUAGUCACUAGUCCCAUGGAGCUAACUAAAUUUAAAAUAAACACAAAUAAAAAUUCAGUUCAUCAGUAGGAGUAGCCACAUUUCAGAGCUCACUAGUCACAUGUGGAUAGUGGCUACCGUAUUAGUGCAAAUAUAGAACCUUUCCAUCAUUACAGAAAAUUCUGUCGGACAGUGCUGGAUUUGAGGUAUUAGGGUAUCAGGAGAGGGUGCAUAUGUUCUGGUUCUUCAAGGAUCAAAUCUCUACCAGACCUUGGGUGUAAGUUAUCUACCCUCUCCAUCUCCUUCUCAUAUCAAGUACCAGUAGCCAGGCUGCGUACACAAACAACCUGGCUUUUGUUCUCCACGGUCUCUCCAUCUCUUUGUCCUGCCCCCUGGCCUGCUCUUGUCCUUGCUCCACCCUUCCAGUCCCUGGAAAACAAGCUCCAGAAAAACUUUUCCAUUAACUUUGACCUAGUUUCCUGGUCACAGAUUUGAAAAAGGCAGGAGGCACUAAAUUCUUGAACAGCUAAGAAAAGGAGGAGGCAGAGUUGAGAGUGAAGGUGACAGUCACCAUGGCAACAGAGCUAGAGACUGAUACCUUGGUAAAGAAAAACAAAGACGUCCAGAAGAAAGCAAAAGAGCUGCUGAGAAAAAGAUAGAUGCAGACAAAGAUUGAAGUGGAAAAGAAUCUUUUCAAUCCCACUUUCUAUUCAAUUUACAUUGAUUUUAUGAAAUUCCCAGAGUCUCAGGUUUGGAAUUAUUAUCUGAAGGGCCACAGAAAAGCUAACCCCCAAAUAAGGGCUAGGACUAUAUUUGUCUGCAAUGGUUUAAGUGAACCAGAAAUCAGAAAGUAUGUUAACUUCUGCCAUCUCUGGGUUUCUCAUCACCAGUCACCCCUAGUCACUCUUUUAGGAAUAAUAAAAAUCAUUUCAAUUAGAGGUGGAAUUGUAGUAUCAAUCUGUUACUACUCUACAAGGAAGUAACAGGAGCUGCUGAAGCAUAUCCUAAUGGAUGAGGGUGGGUUUGAGUAUUCAGCAUUUACUGGGUUAUGGUUGUAUGCUUGGAUAGGAACUGCAAUAGGAACUGCAGAGACAAAAAAAUGGUAGCUGCCUUCAAAUAACUUGAUAUUCAUAACUCUAAAUCCUUAGGUCCUGUAUUACCUUAUAUCUUCCUGUAUAUAAACCAGGCUUAUACUGGGAAGAAAUUUGAUGAAUAAACCAAAUUAUGAAAUACAGAACCAUAACCCUUUCCUUCCAAAUCCCCUCACAAACUUCAUUUCCCUGUAUUUCAAAAGCUCAUUAAACAAAACAAAAAACAAAGCCUCAAACACUCCAAAGUUCAGGGAAUUUAGUAACAAUUAACUAUAGAUGCAGAAAACUAGCUUUGACCACCAGAAGACCCCACUACAGUUCUUUAGUGACUUGGACAAAAGACAAGGUAGCUCAAACUCCUUCCCUCUUCACCCCACCAACCCACAUUCUGACUAUACUGACUAUAUUCAUUAGAGUCUAUAGGAAAUGUUUUCUCAACAGGGUUUUCAACAAUGUGAAUUGUGAAGUAGGGGGGCUAGUUCCUUUAGGCACAUUUUCUUUCUAGUAACUUCUUCAACACCAUCUCACAGACAAGGAAACAAACUUUUUUGC